GGAGGAGGCUGUGCAAUCCUAUACACAGUCGACCCGGUCCCGGCCCAUUGAUUUCAGCGGGUUUAGAACGAAGGCAACAUGUUGACAAGCAAGCUCUUCACGCUGGUGCUGGUCGUCCAGCCUCAACGAGUCCUGCUGGGCAUGAAAAAGCGCGGCUUCGGGGCUGGACGGUGGAAUGGCUUUGGAGGGAAAGUGCAGCCGGGUGAAAGCAUCGAGCAGGCGGCCAGAAGGGAGCUGCAGGAAGAGAGUGGACUGACGGUGGACGUCUUGCAGAAGAUCGGCCGGAUUACUUUUGAGUUUGCGGGUAACACGGAGCUGAUGGAAGUCCACAUCUUCCGAGCCGACAAUUUCCAAGGAGAGCCCGCAGAAAGUGAAGAAAUGCGUCCACAGUGGUUUGAACUGGACCAUGUACCCUUCAAAGAUAUGUGGCCGGACGACAGCUAUUGGUUUCCGCUGCUCCUCCAGAAGAAGACGUUCGUCGGUUAUUUUAAGUUCCAGGGGCAGGACACGAUCUUAGAGCACACCUUGAACGAAGCUGAGGUGGUCUAGCAGGGGAAGAACUCUGGAGGCCCACAGAGCAGGGUCACCCGGUUGCAUCA